AUGAAUACAGACAUCACAGCAUCGGCAAAACCAGAGUACCCAGUAAUAGAUCGAAACCCAGCAUUCACUAAGGUUGUUGGCAACUUUAACACCCUUGAUUACUGUCGUUUCAUUACCCUCACUGGUGUCUCAGUCACUGUUGGCUAUCUCUCAGGGAUAAGGCCAGGGAUUAGGGGACCAUCAAUGGUGACAGGAGGAUUGAUCGGUUUAAUGGGGGGUUUUAUGUAUGCUUAUCAGAACUCUGCUGGGAGACUUAUGGGUUUUUUCCCAAAUGAGGGUGAGGUUGCUCAUUACCAGAAACGUGCCUCAGUGGUUGGUUAUGUGGUUCUCCUGUUAUGUUGGUUGGGCAACAAACAUGAGUCUAGAAUUGGCCGUGGCAUGGUAGAGGGUUUACAGGCAGUUAUGUGGCGAGUUGGACUCUGGAGCGGCCAAGCUGAUAGUGUGUGGUUGGAGUUGCUUUUCCCUCCUCCUGACCACUUUGCUCAUGGGGUGAUGCUUGCAGAGUCUGAUGGCAGAGUCCCCAUAGCUCAGCUAAGGAUUCAGUCCUUUCAUCAUCUGUUUGCUUUAAUUAAAGUGUUGAAUGGUCUUAUUCCUGUGAGGCAUUCACAAAAGCAGCGCAUAAAUCUUGAUGUUUCUUAA